AUGGAGUCUCUGAGACCCAUUCAGGAGUUAAUGGAGGGAGCCUUCUUUUGGGCAUUUGCCUCAUGGAACACCAUCUCCAUUUUUGUACAGGAACUUCAUUCGCAACUGGAAUCCUCUGGGAACACAGUGACAGCUCUCCGAAAACAGCUGUCUGACUGUCAGCUGGAGGUGCAGGCAGCAGAGCAGGGCCUGCAGGAGCAGAGGAAGGAAUGGGAUAAACUGCAAGGAGUGCUGCAGGACCAAAGAAGGGAUUUGGAACGCUGUAAAAGCUCAAGGGAGACCUUUGGAAGGGAGAAGACAACUCUGGAAAGUCUGGUGCAAGAUCUAAACCAGCAGGUGGGCAUUUCCCACGAGGAAAUCGAAAGGCUGAAGGCCGCGAACACGGACUUACAAAGGCAUCGUGAUCUUUUGGAAGAGCAGAAGGAGGAGAUGGCUAAGAAAAGUGAGAGGAGCAGGAAAGAACUGGAACGAGGACAGAAAUGUCUGGAGCAACUGGAAGAGCGAAGCUCGGGCCUGAAGAAGGAACUAGUGAUGGUAAGGGAGGCCCUGAACCAGGCCGCCUUGGAGAAGGAAGUCCUGGAAAGUGAGAAAGAAGGUUUAAGCAGUGCUCUAGCCCAAGCUGAGUCCGGCAGUGCUGAACUGGAACUGUUAAUAACCAAGAUGAGAUCAGAGGAUGCUGACUUGAGAGACUCCUUAGCCAAGAUGGCAGCUUUGACUGAAGGCCUUGCUCAAGAUAAAGUCAAUCUGAACCACGUUAUUUUACAGAUGGAGGAGGAGCAAAGCCUGCUAGUGGAACAGCAACGGGAGCUGGAGCAGGAGCGAGCGGGCAUGAGGAAGCAGUUGACAUGCCUGGAACAGGAACUCGUGCACAUCCGCACAGAGCGAAGAGGUUUGGAGCAGAACCGGCAGGUGGAAGAGGAGAAACGAGAGAAUCUGGAGGAGGAGAUGGUUCUGCUUCGCGAAGAGAAAAUCCAACUGCAUGAGCAGAUUAUGCAGGUAAAUGGCCAGAAACUUGCUCUGGAAGAACAGCUAGGACAGAGUCAACGGGAAAUGGAGGUCCAGGCUGACUCUCUCCACCAAACCAUUCAGGACAAGGAGGAGAUAGCCAAAGAGAGAGCAAGGCUUCUGGUGGAGCGGGCGGCACUGGAAAGGCAAAAUCGGGUCAUGGCUGAAGAGAGAGCUGCACUCAGAGCUGAGAAGGAUUCACUGGAAAACAGCCUUUAUGAAACACAACAGCUGGUGGUCCAGCUGGAAGCCCGGAAGGACCAGCUGGAAGGAGAAAAUCAGAGCAUCCACCUAGCGAGACAAGUUCUCCAAGUGGAAGUAGAAAAGGCCCAAAAUGAACUAGAGGUUCAAGAGACCAAGAUGAAGUGGGAUAUGGAGUUGCUGAAACAGCAAGUGGCUCAGAUGGAGCGAGAAACCCAGCAGUCCCUAAAGAACCAGAUGCUGGCUCGUGAUGAGGACAUGGUUCGCCUGAAGAAAGAGAAGGAGAGCUUGUGCCUAGCCCUGGCAGAGGAGAAGGAGGCAGCGGGGCACAGGCUUCAGCAGGAAAGAGAUGAACUGGUGUCAAGACAUGAAGCCGAGAAAGAAGCCCUCAGUGAGGAAAUACUCAUCCUGCAGCAGGAGCGGGCUGAAAGCCUCCUCCAAGCGGAGCAUGAGAAGCAGAAGGCUUUAUCCCUGAAAGAAGUUGAGAAAAAUUUGCUUUCAGAGAAGCUUGGGGAAGCCCAGAGUGAACUCAUGAAUGCUGGUUUGGAGCUGGACAGAGCAAAACGAGAAGCACUAAGCCGACAGGAGCAGGAUAAGAACACCAUCGCCAGCAUCACCGGAGAGCUGAAGGCGUUCCAGGCUCGGUUUGAAGAGGCAGUGGUUGCCCAUCAGAAAGAGGUCCUGGCCUUGAAUGAGCACAUAAAGGAACUGGUGAGAGAGAAGAGCGCCUUGGGGAGGGAGGUGGAAGAGUUGAACACACAGCUUCGGCUUGCAGAAGAGGCCCAGGAAAGAACUCAGAAGGACAUGGCCGAACUGGACCGUGAACUGCGGGAGGUGGAGGAGGCCCGAGAUCUUCAGCACAAGGAGAUGUCGGAGCUCCGCAGGGCCCUUGGCGAUGAGACCAGAGAGAAGGACACCCUGCAGCACUCCAACAUUGAGCUCAGGGCUUCCAUCAAAAAGAUUGAAAAUGAGAGAAUCAGUUUCAAGAGAUCCAAGGAGGAGAAGGAACAGAAGAUUACUAUCUUGGAAGAAGCUAAGGCCUCAGCUCAGAAGGAGGCCGGAGAUCUUAGAGCAAACCUCCGGGAGGUGGAGAAGUCUCGAAUGGAAACCCGACGAGAAUUGCAGGAGCUCCGAAGACAGGUGAAGACCCUAGGGGGGGAGAACCAGAAGAAAUGCCAGGAGCUGAGCGAGAUGCAGGCCCGGGUCGCCCAGGACGAACAGCGGGAGCAGCAGAACCGGAUGGAGUCCCUCGAGCUGCACAAGAAGAUCAUGGAAACGGAGACCGGCCGAGAAUCUGCUCGGAAGGAGGUUCUCAGCCUGCAGCGUAAACUGACGGACAUGGAAUUGAAAAUCAGAGGCCGAGAGAAGGAGCUCGUUGAGAGCCUGAGCAAGAGCCACGGAAAUGAGAAAAAGCUCAAGGAUGAGCUACGUAACCUGGAGAUGAAACUGCAGCAGGUGAGCGGCACGGCCGAAGACGCCCAGAUGCACCUGAACUCUGCGAGGGGCCGGAUCCAUGCUCUGGAGCUGGAACUUGACAAGAGGGAUGUUGCCAAGAGAGAGGUGGAGACCAGACUGAGCAGGCUGUACUCUGUCCUGCGCCGGACCCUGGGGACGAGAGGACGCAGCCCAUCACCGGAGAGAGCCCGCUCCCCUGCCAAAGACUCUGAGAGGUCAUCAGCGACUGAUGUACAGAAGAUUCCUGCCUCCCCAGCCGGGUCCCCAGAGAGAACUUCAUCCCGCUCUCCGUUCAGAUGGACCUCCCCUUCCCAAGGAGAACCUGGACUGAUGGAAGUUGAUGUAGAAGCAAUCCGGGACACCUUGAGAGACUUCCUACAGGAGCUUCGAGACACUCAGAGAGAGAGGGAUGACUCACGGCUGCAGGUAAUGAACCUGAGCCGCCAGUUGAAUGAAAUGGAAAGCGACCGAGACCGUACCAAGAGUCGCAUCCUGCAGCUGCAGAAAUCACUGGCAGACUCCGAGGAAGGCUAGUCAUUCAUCAACCUCUCUUCUCCAGAGACCCAAUUAAUGGUUUCAUCUGUGAAAGAAUAAAAUAGAUCUGUUGUAACUUGCACGCCU